UUUCCCGCGUCCGUCCAUCGCGGAAGUCACGUGACGUGAGCGUCGUCUUCUUCCUCCUCCUCAUCCUCACCUCUGUCUUCACCAUCACCGCUCUUCUUCUCCGCGUGACAACAUCGGAGGUCCGGGAAUGACUUGCGAGUCUGUGCGUGCGCGUGCACGCGCGUGCUUUUGAGCUUUCGAACAGAAAGCGCUGAGUCAUGUCCGCUGGCCUGGACGACAGCGACAGCGUAUUUGAGUUGAAUUGGGUGAUUCCCGAAACGGAGCUACUGGACAACAGCAUCCAGAAGGGGCGGGCCCAGCUGAGCCGCAGGCACCGCCCCUCUCGCUCCCGUCACCAUGACAACAGCGUCAGCUCCAAUGAGGGCGACGACAGUCUGGAAGUCAAACAGGAUGGUGCGAAGAACUCCGCCCACUCUCCUAACCAAGUAACCCCGCGAGGCUCCUCACCUUCCCCUGAUUCGCUGCUGUCGGCGCGCAGCUCUGCCUUCUCGUUCGACACGUCACUGGUGCGUCGCUUGCCCGAUGAUGCCGGCAUAUCAUUGGCGGUGACCCCGCGGGCGCGCUACCAUCAACUGACCAAUGACACAUCGCAAGAGGCUCUGACCACGCUCACCGACUCGCUAUCAAAGUCCUGCCCCGCCUCCUCUGAUGCCUCGCCCGUUUACACGCGAAGGAGCCGUAGGCCCGACAGCGAAGUUCUGGUGUCCGAGUCCAGCCGGGAAGCAAGUCCCGCUGACGGCGCCGCGGUUUUGCUAGACCAGAAAACCAAAAGACGCUUCCUGGAUUUGGGCGUCACCCUCAGGCGCUCGUACCUCCGAGUGAAAAAGGAUAAAACGGACAAACGGGACAGACGUGAGAAAGGAGCCGGCGAGGCGGACGACGGGGAUGGGUCCGAGAGUCUCCGAGAACGUACAUCUUCACGAGCCUCGGCGUCCUUGGUCUCCUUUUCCUGGUUUUCCUCCUCAGGAACGCCUCCUGGAUCCCCGCAGACGCAACCCGCGGGCACGCGGCCGCCUCCGAAGUCUAGCUCGCAGGAGUCGAAUUUGAGCGAGGACUUUUCUUCUCAUCAGACGGUAGCGUGUCCUCACGUGGAGAUCGCCUCUUCCGUGUCCUCGCAUCCUUACCGCACACUCUCGCAGUCUUCUGACGAGCCCAGCGACGAGUCGUCAUCCUGCCCGGUGCGAUCUUGGACGAGCCAGCAGGUAUGCGAGUGGCUCGGGGAGCUGAGCAUGGAUCGCUACGUACCGGAAUUCCGAGCCGGAGACGUCGAUGGACGCUCGCUGCUCCAACUUGAUGGCAGCAAGCUCAAGGGUCUGGGUGUGCUGAGCUCGUGCGACCGGGGUGCUCUGAAACGUCGCAUUAAAGUCUUGCAGACGGCGGCGGAGAAAGACAAGAAAGGUGGCAAGCCCAAGGACAAAGAACGCAGAAAGCAGCGCAGAAACUGAACGACAGACGCCCUUCAGCGGGCGGAUGUCCAAAUAUGAUCAACAAGUGCAGUUUUCCUCACUCGUAUGCAAAUGAGACGCAAAUGCUGUUAACCUUUGAUCUGUGGAAGAGCUUUUAAUGUCACGGCUGUGCUUUGGAAUAAAAGGCUCUUAUUGUGAAAGACCAGGAAGUGUUAAUCAUUAAUAGAAUCAAAGUGUACCUGGAACAACUAUAAACAUUUUUAAGUCAAGAGUGCAGAAUGAUUACCAACACUUUUUAAAACUUUUUGUUAAGUCCCUCAUGACAGAGUAGGGCUGUGAUUAUUAAUCGACUAAUUGAUGAGUCGACAGCUAUUUUUAAAAGUCCAAAAAAAUCUGAAUUGUUCAACUCCUCUUUCAUCAGCGUCUCAUCUCAUUCAUUGCAAGUUUAAGCGGAUUGGACGUCUAUCGCGGCCAAUGGGACCGAAACAUGAUAAUUCAAUGCCAUCAAUCUAUUUUACAUAUUUACAUAUUUUACACAUACAGUAUUUACAUAUUUAAGUCAAAUGGUGGUGCAACACAUGUAGACAGUAUAGCAAGGCAGCUAUAGAGUGAAUUUUCUAAAUAUUAUAUAUAUACACUUACCGGCCACUUUAUCAGGUACACCAUGCUAGUAACGUGUUGGACCCCCUUUUGCCUUCAGAGCUGCCUCAAUUCUUCGUGGCAUAGAUUCAACAAGGUGCUGGAAGCAUUCCACAGAGAGUUUGGUCCAUAUUGACAUGAUAGCAUCACACAGUUGGUGCAGAUUUGUCGGCUGCACAUCCAUGAUGCGAAUCUCCCGUUCCACCACAUCCCAAAGCUGCUCUAUUGGAUUGAGAUCUGGUGACUGUGGAGGCCAUUUGAGUACAGUGAACUCAUUGUCAUGUUCAAGAAACCAGUCUGAGAUGAUUCCAGCUUUAUGACGUGGCGCAUUAUCCUGCUGAAAGUAGCCAUCAGAAGUUGGGUACAUUGUGGUCAUAAAGGGAUGGACAUGGUCAGCAACAAUACUCAGGUAGGCUGUGGCGUUCCAACGAUGCUCCAUUGGUACCAAGGGGCCCAAAGAGUGCCAAGAAAAUAUUCCCCACACCAUUACACCACCACCACCAGCCUGAACUGUUGAUACAAGGCAGGAUGGAUCCAUGCUUUCAUGUUGUUGACGCCAAUUUCUGACCCUACCAUCCGAAUGUCGCAGCAGAGAUCGAGACUCAUCAGACCAGGAAAAGUUUUUCCAAUCUUCUAUGUUCCAAUUUCGAUGAGCUUGUGCAAAUUGUAGCCUCAGUUUCCUGUUCUUAGCUGAAAGGAGUGGUACCCGGCGUGGUCUUCUGCUGCUGUAGCCCAUCUGCCUCAAAGUUCGACGUACUGUGCGUUCAGAGAUGCUCUUAUGCCUACCUUGGUUGUAAAGGGUGGUUAUUUGAGUCACUGUUGCCUUUCUAUCAGCUCGAACCAGUCUGGCCAUUCUCCUCUGACAUUAACAAGGCAUUUCCUCCCACAGAACUGCAACUCACUGGAUAUUUUUUCUUUUUCGGACCAUUCUCUGUAAACCCUAGAGAUAGUUGUGCGUGAAAAUCCCAGUAGGUCAGCAGUAUCUGAAAUACUGAGACCAGCCCUUCUUGCACCAACAACCAUGCCACGUUCAAAUUCACUCAAAUCAUCUUUCUUCCCCAUACUGAUGCUCGGUUUGAACUGCAGGAGAUUGUCUUAAACCAUGUCUACAUGCCUAAAUGCAGUUGCCGCCAUGUGAUUGGCUGAUUAGAAAUUAGGGGUUAACGAGCAGUUGGACAGGUGUACCUGAUAAAGUGGCUGGUGAGUGAAUAUAUAUAAUUAUGUAUAUAUUAUUUUCAAAUUGUUUAAAAAAAAAAAAAAUAUGAAGAACUUAUACUCCCAUUUAUUGUUUUUUUUUUCAAAUUUUUUUUAAAACAUUUUUAUUUACAAAAUUACAAAAUUUUAUAUUUCAGCUAUAGGAAAAAAA